AUGGCGCCUUGGCUGCGGCGGCCCGUGCUGGUGCUGCUCCUGCUGCUCGCGCUCCUCUGCUCCCACGUAGCGCUCUGCUCCUCCGCCGAGCCGGGGAAGCCAAAGCCCAAGCCCAAGGUCUCCGGCGGCCGCAAGGCGCUGCUGGCGGACGACGACGGCGAGGAGGCGGCCGCCGCCAAGCCGGCCAAGACGGCCGCGGCAGGGAAGACCAAGAAGAAGCUGCUCGCCGGCGACGCCGCUUCCAAGAACCAGACCAAGGUUGCCAAGGCUAAGAAGCCAGAGUCAGCUGCCACCGCGGCGAAAGGGGCCGCCAAGAAGCCCGCUGGCAAAGCGGCUGCGGGUGGGGACGCCGCCAUUGCCAAGGUCUCCAAGGCCCCCAAGGACCCCAAGGCGGACAAGGCCAAGGUCCCGAAGCCGGACAAGGCGGCGGCGGCGGCGGCGGCUGGUGCCAAGGCUAAGGGCGCCGAUUCGGCCAAGCCUGCCAAGGUUUCGAAGACCGGCGCCAAGGCGGUGAAGCCACCUAAGACGGGCGCCAAAUCUGAGGUUGCCGCCGCGGCUGGGAAGGCGAAGAAACCGGCGGCGGCCAAUUCGACCGCAGAUGCCGGUGCCAAGCCGGCCAAAUCCGGCAAGAAGGCGGCGCAGGUGGUCGCCGACGCGAAGGCGAAGGCGAAUGCCACCGUCGUGAGCAAGGAGGAGUCGGCGGCGGCGGCGGAGACGGCGGAGGUGGAGGUGGAGGUGGAGGAGGACGUGGUGUUCGCCAAGGAGGCAGAGGAGGGCACGGACGACCUCAUCUCCGAGUUCCGGGACCUGCCCAGUCGGCUGCAGGAGACGCUGAUGCCGGACCUGGCGCGCCUGUCGCACCACUCCAAGGCGUACAUGUCCGCGGCGAACGCCGGCAUCGCCGACGGCGUGCGCCCGAUCCUGGGCGGCCGGUGGGCGGCGGUGGCCGCCUCCGCUGCGUCGGUGGCGGUGCUGCUGCUGCCGCUCUUCAUGCUCACCGCGCUGGUGCGGCGGAUGGGCCCGUACCUGCCGCUGCUCCACCGCGCGCUGCUGCUGGCGCAGGCGUACCUCGCCAUCUACUUCGCCACGCUCGCGCUCGCCGCGGCCGCCACGGGGCUGGAGCCUCUGCGCUUCUUCCACGCGGCGUCCCCCGCCGCCUACGCCUGGACGCAGGCCGCGCAGUCCCUCGGCUUCAUGGGCUACCUCGUGCUCCAGAUGGUGGACCUCGUCGCCGUCUUCUCGGGCGCCGCCUCCCCCGAGGACGAUGGCAACGGGGACGCCGCCAAGGCGCUUGGCCUCGCGCAGAUGGUGGUCGGCCUCGCCGUCGGCCUGCACUACUACGCCGCGGUCUUCCACCGCGCCGCGGCGGGGGAGGCGCCCCGCGCCAACUGGCGCGUGUACGCUGUGUACGCGGCCUGCUUCGCCAUCGUGUGCGCCUGCGCGCGCGCCGAGAGGAGGAAGAAGGCCUACCUCGCGGGCACCGACGGCGCCGCCGAGGAGUGGAAGAAGAGCUGA